AAUUAAGUAUCGUUGAUAAGGUGUUGUAUGUUUUUAAUUAGUAUAGGAAUUGGACAAGUAAGAUAUCACCAACAUUACUCAAGAUUGCAAACUGGAAGAAACAAAUAAUGAAAUUGUUCAUUUUAGUAGGUGUCACGAUUUUAUCGUGUUUAUCAACUUCUUUGGCAGAAAAUAACCAGAAGCAAAGUAAGGUGACGGCAACUGUACUACUUUAUUGCGAUGAUAAAGGAAAUAAGAUAGUAGCUACUGGUCACGUACCUAAGGAAGUGGCAAAAAUUAUUAAAAAAUCGAUGGCAAAGUACGGUAAGAUAGAAAUUGUACCAGCUUAUAAAGAUACCAAAGGCGUACCACCCAUAGACAAGGCUAUUCACAUAAUCAAAGCAAAAUACAAACGUGUGUUCGUAGAAAAUGUCCCUAAAACUGUAAUUGCGAAAAUAAUGGCACAGAAAAUUAUGAAAAUGUUAGGCAAAACUAAUAAUGUGAAGCAUUAUAAUGUGUCAGAACACACGAAAAGUGUUGCAAGUCUCACGAAGGCCGUGCUAAACAAGAAUCUCGAUUCAAUCCCGAAGCAUUUCAACAUAACUCCCAUGAUUGUAAAUUCAUUCGUUCCCAACACGGUGUAUUAUGCCAUCGAUUCAAAGGAGCACCCAGUUUUGCAUAAGUACAGCCACUUCAAAGAUCUCGUCGUUAAGAUGAGCAGCGCCUGGAAAAAGAUUAAAUCAGUUUUUUCCUAAAAUUGUCAUGAAACAUUAAAAUAUCGUCUGAUAUAAUUA